UUGUGUGAGAGUCUGCACGUAGCAUUCAGGCUGGAUUUUUGGAAAACCGGCCCAAACCGCCAGAUGGCGAGCAGUGCACCGGGACGCCGCACGUAGGACGACGCAGAGUUCACGUUAGCUCAAAGUUCCGCAGCAGCUUGGACCGGACCGCGCGGGGACACGCUUCGGCUUCAAGAUGCUUUCGUUUCGGAUGAAGCUACAGUGUUGGUAUUUCGUUUUGCUGAGCUGCCUCCUGCAGUGUCUCUCUGCCCAUAAUGACUUCUUCACCUCCAUAGGCCAGAUGACAGAUCUGCUGUACACAGAAAAGGACUUAGUCACCUCUCUGAAGGACUACAUCAAAGCAGAAGAGAACAAGCUGCAGCAGGUCAAACAGUGGGCUGAUAAGCUGGACUCACUGACACGCACAGCCACACAGGACCCGGAGGGCUUCCUGGGGCAUCCUGUCAAUGCCUUCAAGCUUAUGAAGAGGCUAAACACAGAAUGGGGAGACCUGGAGAGCCUCGUGCUCAGAGACACUACUGAUGGGUUCAUUUCCAACCUGACCAUCCAGAGACAGUACUUCCCCACAGAUGAGGACCAGACGGGGGCAGCCAAGGCUCUCCUUCGUUUACAGGACACUUACAGACUGGAUGCCAAUACCAUCUCCACUGGAGACCUGCCAGGAGUGACAUAUAAGAGCUCUAUGACAGUGGAGGACUGUUACGAGCUGGGGAAGAUCGCUUACUCGGACGUCGACUACUACCACACAGAGCUGUGGAUGGCUCAAGCCCUGAGACAGCUUGACCAGGGAGAGGAGUCCUCCAUCGAUAAGGUCACAGUGCUUGACUACCUCAGCUAUGCCAUCUACCAGCAGGGGGAGAUAGAGCGAGCCCUGGAGUACACCAGGAGGCUGCUUGCACUUGACCCAGAGCACCAGCGCGCCAAGGGCAACCUGAAGUACUUUGAGUUCCAGCUGGGGAAGCAGAAAAAGGCAGAGGAGGCUAAGUCUCAAAACGAGAAGCCGCGAGAGAAAAGAGCAAGUGAGAAGCAGCCUAAAAAGAAGGAGACCAUCCCAGAAAGGAAGAAGUAUGAGAUGCUUUGCCGAGGGGAGGGCAUCAAGAUGACCCCACGCAGACAGAGUCGACUGUUCUGUCGUUACUAUGACAACAAUCGCAAUCCUCAGUACAUUCUGGCUCCAGUCAAACAGGAAGACGAGUGGGACCGCCCCUACAUUGUCCGCUACCUGGACAUCAUCUCCAGCAGUGAAAUCGAGAAGGUCAAGCAGCUGGCGAAGCCUAGACUACGCAGGGCCACCAUCUCCAACCCCGUCACUGGUGUGCUGGAGACCGCCUCUUAUCGGAUCAGCAAGAGUGCCUGGCUUACUGCGUAUGAACAUCCAGUUAUUGAAAGGAUCAACCAGAGAAUUGAGGAUCUCACUGGACUGGAGAUGGACACUGCAGAAGAACUGCAGGUUGCAAAUUAUGGUGUAGGAGGUCAAUAUGAGCCCCAUUUUGACUUUGGAAGGAAAGAUGAGCCAGAUGCCUUUAAAGAGCUUGGCACUGGGAACCGUAUAGCAACAUGGCUCUUCUAUAUGAGUGAUGUAUCAGCAGGUGGAGCCACAGUAUUCCCAGAUGUUGGGGCAGCAGUAUGGCCCAGAAAGGGUACUGCAGUGUUCUGGUACAAUCUCUUUGCCAGCGGGGAGGGAGACUACAGCACACGGCAUGCAGCCUGCCCAGUGUUGGUAGGCAACAAGUGGGUAUCAAACAAAUGGAUCCAUGAAAGAGGACAGGAGUGGCGGCGACCCUGUGGCCUUAAGGAAACUGAAUGAUAAAAAAGGGAAAGCCUCCUAUUCACCUCACCACCCCCUCCCAGAAAUGCCCCCUCCCCCUCCUCUUCCUUGUGAACUACCCAGGACCAAAGAACACUGCUGCAGAUGACAGAUCACAUGUAUAUGGGGUCCAAAUGGCUCACUGCCCCCUUCAGUCGCUCUGUUUUCCAAGCUGUUGUGGUCUGAGCCCAGAGAUUGUUGGGGUUAAUGUCAAGCCCCUGGACAGUAUUAGCAUUGCUGUGACAGACAGUGUGUGGUCUUAAUGUUGUUGGAUGAAUGGCUUUGAGAAAACCCUCAUUCCCUGUUCACCCCCAUGUGUCUUUCUUUUGCACUCUGUAUGAACUCUCGCUCUGUGGUGAAGUUACCCUAGAGUAGUGACUAGGGAGCAGUUUCCUCACUGUCAGUUUGAAACUUAAAGGGAUAGUUCGGGUUUUUAAGAAGCUUGUUCAAUCAUAUUCCUUUGAGUCCAUCCAGAAAGUACUUGGAGUUUCAGUUGAGACAUUGGAACUUUGUUUUUCAGCAUUUAAGCAAUGCAGUAAAAGUAUCGCUGGGCCUCUAAACUGAUUCUCCAUACAAUUACAUUAAAUAGGACUUCUUGUAUUUAUGGCUCCUAAAAUUGGCUUAGGUUCAUUGAUUUACAUAGUUACUGAUUUAAAAAUGUUAAGAACUUCUUACUCAACAUUAAAAUGCCGGAGUAAGUGGUGUUUGGAUGGACUGAAAGGCCUUCCAGCCCAUAAUAAUAUGGACAGCCUUCCUAAAAUCCAGAUGAGCUAACCCUAGUCUAGUGCCUUGGGGAUGAUUCAAUGAUUCCCAACUGAAAAAGUUGUGUAACUCAUCUUCACCUGACAUUUCUUAACAGAUAAAAGCUGGACAUGUGUUCUCCUGAGUCUAGAUCUAUGCAAUGCCUUAUUUCAUCACAUCUUUUUUUUUUUUUUUGCCUGAAAACUGUUUAACUGCUUUGACUGCUCAUAGUGUGGCAUAUCGCCGGAUUUGUCACGCAUGCCUCUAUCAGCAUCUACAGAUAUAUGUUGUUGUGUAUGGACAGACCCACACAUGACCACAAAUACACACAGAAACACAGGUAUUCCCAUAUGCUGCACAGAACGGUUUUACACAAGCUGAAAUGUUAUUUGUCCCAUGUUUUCUAAGUGCUGGAUUUGCCACCAGCUUUCAUCUCAUAAGCAAAAUAAACAAAGGAGCAACAGACAGUGAAAUACUGGAUUGGAUACUCUAUGUAGUAUCAUAUCAAAAUGCAGAGUUUGAGUGAUUAUGACUUUACCAAAUGUAACUUUUGGUAGGUUUGUGAGAGUGCUUAGUAUGAUAUGACCAGUUCUUUUCAAUGUGAGACUGUAUGGAUUUUCCAAGGAGGAAUUUAUUUUAUUUAUAUUUCAGAAGCCCACUUUGUGUUGACUUAUGUCUUGGCCCAUAUGGAAGUUUGCAAAUGUUGUCUACAAUAAAGUCUGUUUCAGUGA